UUCCUUUAUUAAUGCAUCCAGAUUUAAGUAAAGCAAAGGCACAAUAGUGGGGUCAUGAACUCAUUUGGUCCACAUAUUAUGCUGGGAUGUUUUCCUGACUCUCUCAGAGGCUGAUUAAAGCAUCACAGGCUUUGUGAAUGAAGCAAACACGGCGCCUCCUCCUCCUCCUUCUCCUCCUCCUCCUCCUCAUGCGGGAACAGCAGUGGAGCGCAGGAUGUCCAGGUGGCAGCUCUGACAACUAGGAUUUGACACCAGAAACAGCAAUUUUUCCGACCCUUUGCGAUUGUGGUUCCGCGCUGCGGCUGUUUCACUAAUAUAGGAACACAGGAGGGAUGCAGGUUGGGAGUGGAACCACUCACCUCGCACGCCGUGCGCCCAUCUCCUCCUUCCUCUAAUACAAACCUCGUGAUCCAUUCAGCGGCUCCUGCGUUCCCUGCUUGACGGAGAAACAAUAAAGAAGCCGAGGGGGCAGAAGAGGGAAAAGUAUUCGAGAGAGGCUGACAGGAAGUUUAGACGCUUGGAUAGACGCAUCUCUCUGCGUCCUCCUCUCUCAGAAUCUGGAUGAAGAGGCUGUGACUGGCGGUCAUUCUGCUUCCAUCGCUCCUGUGGUUUUCUCGAUCUCUGCCCCCAGAGCGGUGGUUCCUGCGCCUCUCCUCCUUGUCCCCGCCUAAACCGGCGCCGUGGCAAAGUCGGAAACUAUGGGUCGCAAGCUGGACCUGUCGGGCUUGACUGACGACGAGGCGGAGCACGUCCUGAAAGUGGUCCAGCGGGACAUGAAGCUGAGAAAGAAGGAGGAGGCGAGGCUAAGUGAAAUGAAGCAGGAACUGGCAGAGGAAGGCAGCAGAUGCUCCAUCCUCUCCAAGCAGCAGCGUUUCAACGAGCACUGCUGCAUCCGCUGCUGCGCUCCUUUCACCUUUCUGCUCAACCCGAAGCGCCAGUGCCUGGACUGCCAGUACAACGUCUGCAAGACCUGCUGCACCUACAGCAAGAAGGACAAAGCUUGGCUCUGCUCCGCAUGCCAGAAGGGCAGGAUUUAUAGGACACAGUCACUGGAAUGGUAUUAUAACAAUGUGAAGAGCCGCUUCAAGAGGUUUGGCAGUGCCAAGGUUUUGAAGACUUUGUACAGAAAGCACAUCAUUGAGAGAGGAGCGUUUUCUGAUCUCCCAGAAAGCAGCAUUCAAGAGGGAAGCAACGACAAUGAUGGCAGCAUCUGUGGCAGCGACUCUGCAUUUUACAAGCACAGUGAAGGACACAGUAUGGCAGAGACUCUCACAGUGGCCCUUCGUGUUGCUGAGGAAGCUAUAGAGGAAGCCAUCUCAAAGGCGGAGGAGUUCCCUGACAGCUUGGAAAAGCAGAAUGAGGCCCGGUAUCUGCGGGAUAACAAAGACGAGCUCAUAGAAGAACUGGCCACCACCAUCGUGCAAAAAAUCAUCCAGAGGAGGAAACGCUCAGAGAUGCAGACAGAGUAUGACUUUGUCUGGACUCAGCCUCAGACUCUGAUUAUGCCCAGUGGAGUGACCUCUCCCUCACAGCCCCACACCUCAAAGCAAGACCCUUCCAGGACCUCCUUCUCCCUUUGGCAGCGGUCUAGGUCAGCAUACUCCCUCACCAGCGACGACUCUCCUGAAAAGGCUCCAGAGCUCACAACAGAGGAGGAGGCUACUGUGGCGGGAGGUGGUAACCUGCAGGAUUACUCCUCUCUAAAGAGGGAGGCCAAGGCUGCGUCUCUGCCCAGCUGGAAAAGCAUGGACCGACUGGACAAUUCCAGUGCAUCCUCUGUGCUCCAGAGCCCAGACGGGAACUGGAUCGCCCUGCACAGCUCACAGCUGUCUCGGCCCAGUCUGCUCACCAAAAGGAAGAGCCUGGUGUUCAGUGUGCUUGAAAAGGAGUCCAGCGUCGUCUCGGCUUACGACGAGAUGGGGUCAGCCUCCGAGGAGGAAGAUGAGGGCAGCUGGAGUAAGGCUUUGAGACAGUUUCGACGCAAGCUCUCGGAUGAGACCUACUACACAGACUCGCAGCACGAUCCUGAGUGGACUUACACUCAGCACCUCCCGGUUACGUCCCCGUCCUCCGGCCAGUACACGAACACAGAAACUCUCAACUCAGACUCUGAAGCCUCAUCGUUGGUUUGUCCCCGUAAACCUCUGCCCAAGACUUUUAGAAAAAAAGGAUCUCCGGAUAUUUAUCUGCACCCUCAUCAGCAGCCCCACUACCACCAACACCUUCAACAGAACUUCCCUCCAUACUCAGCUCAUGCACAGGCGCUGGACGUGAACUUUAACCCCAAGGUAAUAGGGGACAGCAGUGAUGGAGAGGAGAAGCAGUCUGAUCCUAAAAGAAGAUCCCGGCGACGAAGGAAGAGCAGAAGGGAGUCCUCAACAGAACGGGGCCGUCCUGGAUCCCAGAGCCACACACAGUCCAUCUACCCACUAGCACAGGAGAACAGUGGUAUCCUACUCAAUGCCUUGCUAAAGAGAGGACUUAGUGAGGAACAUUCGGUAAUCGGCAGCGGACCAAUUGCUGCUGCCGCCCCAGACACCCUGAUUUUUCAGACUGCGACACCUCAACUGGAGGAUUUAGACACAGCACUUUCAAACUCAUCUGACCCCAACUGUCCCCAACUCCACUCUUUGGCUCAAGGGUCACAGCUCUCUAACCCUGGAUCUGCAGAUGUGCUGGAAGAGAAACUACAGUCCAGACUCUGUCAGCUAGUCAGCAACAGCAAAGGCGACGAUGAUUGCGUGAGGUGGUCUGUGGACAAACAGAUGGAUGCCGAAAGUCACCAAUCAAGGCCGAAGGACACAGAGAGACACAGGCAUCGGGAAAGUGAGAAGAGAGAAAAAGGAAGUGAGACCAAGGAGCAGGUAAAUGGCAAAAAAAGUGUAAAGCAAGUAAAGAGUCCUUCAUUGCAAGAGGAGGAAGGAGCGUGGAAGAGGCAGUUAGAGAAAGGAGGACACAGUUUAGAGGAGAAAGUAUCAGAGCAGGACCAGAGGAGAGAGGAGAAAAGGCUAAGUAAGAGGCAACAUAGUAGAGAUGCAGAGAAGGAAGGGGGACAAAUAAUUGGCGCCAGAAGUGGAUCCAGUGUGAGCUCACCUGCUGUGACACCUUCUUCCCAGGAGGGGGAGCUAUCAAACAACCAGGUGGAACAAAAUUACUUGGAAAAAGAGCAGAAGUACCGGUUUCUCUCUUCUUACUCACAACAGAAGUACUCGGCAGCCUCUCUCUGCAGCAUCACUACAGAGGUGCUAAAGGUCCUAAAUGCUACGGAGGAACUGAUCGGGGAGGCAGGGGGUGACAGCUACACUCCCACUGAAUCCAUGAGUGCCUCUCCUAUAUCCAGCAGCUCUGAGACUCGCAGGCUGGACCAGAGACUUACCAAGAUGGAAGAGAAUGUGUACCUAGCUGCUGGGGCGGUGUAUGGUCUCGAGGGAGCGCUGGGGGAGCUGGAACAAUGUGCCCGUAGUAUUAGCUGUGCAACCUCUGACACUGAGCUGGCCUUUUUGGAGGACCAGGUGGCUACUGCAGCAGCACAGGUCCAACAGUCUGAACUACAGAUAUCGAACAUCGAGGCCAGAAUAUCAGCUCUGAAAACAGCUGGGUUGAAUGUGACUGUCUGCAAUCGCUUUGCCAAGCUUAAGCCAAAGUCCAAGCCUGAAACUCUGGACUCAUCGCGACACCAGAGGAGGAAACUCCCAGCUCCUCCACUGAAAGAAAAGUUGGAAACAGAUCAACAGAUGACUGCAUUUCGGCCAUAGUGUCAGGCAACAGCACAAGUCUCUUGGGGGCCACCUCAGAACCCCAAGGACAAGGGCCCUUUCCCAUCCAGUGCCUUGACUCAGCGUCUGCCUCAAACUCUUGGCCAAGCAAGGGCUAAUACCCGCCCUGUGCAACCCACCUAAAACCGAUCCGUCAGCCAACUGCAUCACAGAAAAAAAAACAUGACUGGCUCGUGCAUGUUACCUAAUAAAAGGGGUGACCUAGGAUUUUCUGUGUCUGCCUUAAAAUCGGAAAAAGUCGUAAAAUAUCUUUACAAAGAAACAUGCAUUUUUACUCUGUUUUCAGGAGAGUUGUGACUAAAAGCUGUGGAAUAAUCCCUAAGGUUCAAACUUUCUGUAAAUCAGUGUGCCCAGAGAAGGCUGAGCCUAGCUUUACUCUAUAGAUAACAUAAUUUUGAAAAGAUAAGAAAUUAGACAUUUUGUGGGGAUGAUACAACCCAAAUGUUUUAUUUUACUUAAUUUACAAAUUUUAAAACAUCAUCUACCUAUUGAAAACCCACAGCACUUAUGCAUUGAAACCCUUGUAAAAUAUGUCACUUUUGAAAAUAGAGAGUAGCAGAAAUAUUUGAUAGUUUGAAAGUUUGAGAUCCCAUGAAAUCGUCAUUAUUUAAGGAAAUGUAGAAUAGCUAAACAUAUGCCAUGGUUUCCUGCAGGCCAUUUUAACAGUUAGCAGCUAUUUAGCUGACCAAAAAUCACAGAAAGGGAAAGGGGAAACAUCUUUGUUAGUGACGUAGCUCUAAUCGAUUUUAUUUAGAGUUUGAGUGCCUCGUGCAUUGAUCUGUAUCAGUCAGUGAAGGAAGGUUGUGCUGGAACUACAAUGCACUUCUAUCAUAAUUAAGGUCAAAUUUUACCCGUAGAAUGUUGGAAAAUAUUAAAUAAGUAGAGAGGUACACCCUGACAUUAAAAAACAUCUCUGGGUUAAAAAAAUAUAUAUGUAUGUAGACUAAACCUUGAUAUAUAUACAGUUUUGUAAAAGAAAAACUGUUCUUAAAAAGUCACGGUGUAAUGAGGGGAUCAACUCUUUUGGCUCAGGAAUGUUAUGAUCACUUUUAUCUGGAGUUUUAAUAAAGGAAAAUGUCAUAAUUUACCUGUAUUCUUACAACCUUAAUUUGGUAUUGAAAUAAAUCCAUAAGUUGUUUUACCAAUGUCCGAACUUUGAUCUACUUCUGCAUUUAGCACAAACCCUCCAAAGUCAAUCAUUCAGGUUAAAAUUUUAGUUUUGCCCUAGUCACUUAGCCUACUCGGUUUACUUUUGACAUUUGUGGCCUUUUGUUUGAAUGAAAUGCUCUCCUUUUGCAGGGUCAUGCCUGAACUUUUGAGUUGCAUGCGGAAAAUCUUGCGAAGGUUUUUACAUUGCAAAGUCUAAUGGGCUCUACAAAAAAGAAUGCCAUGAAACCAUGAUUUUGUUACAAGCAAUUUAUUUUUGUAUUUUGUGAAUGUUUUAUGCAAUACCACUGAAAAAGAUUACUACUGCAAUUUAAAGACUUUAUUCUCACCUCAGCGGAGCCGUCCUCAAUCUGUCCAAUCAAACUCUCACGUGUGCUCAGUGCUUUCAGUGUAAGUUUGCAUUCGUCAUUUGAUUCAAUGUCCAAACUGUUGGUGGUAAAUGCAACGAAAAUGCAGGAAGCAACAGGAAGGCGGUCCAAAUCCACCUCGCAAACACCAAGAAAUUUGAAAAGCUACACUUUCUGUAUUACUUCUGUGAUCCUUUUUGUAGAAGUCGGAUGUAGUUUUGCACAAACGGUUAAAAAAUUGGUAUUUCUUAAUGGGGUGCAUGAAAGGUCAGGUGGCCCGCUAUUUAAAUGCUCCUUUCCUGUCACUUAGCAACCGUCAUCAUUGGAGCCGUUUACAUCUUUGGGUUUACACAUGAUCCUUUACUUCUGUAGGUCUCGUUCUCCACAGGUGUUUUGUAUAAAAGCAUGUUUCUGGUUUAAGCGAUUUGAUGUAAGGUUUCCUGUGAGAAGCACACCUGCAAGGGUCCAAUCCUCAGUGUUCCGUAUUUUUCUAUUAUUAAAAAAAACAAAAUAUAAAUUUAAAAAUGUAUUAAUAUAUGUAUACGUGUGAAAAAAAAGAAAAUGGUAUUGAAAAGUGUUUAUUGCCCAAUCAUAGUUGACAAAUCAGUGUUGUUUGCAAAGGACUAAAAUUUGUUAUGACUUGUGAAGCUGGAUUCACGCAGGAAGUUUUCUUGUUUUGAAUACCAUCUACUUCCUGUUCACAUCCGGUUUAAAUGAGAUUCACUGUGCACAGCUCCACAUUGCGGGCCUUUAUGAGCAAUGUUUGUUGCUAUCCAUCUGACAUGUUGGGGAAAAUAUUAAGCAAAAAAGAAAAAAAAUGCAGAUUCUCUAUGUGCCACAAUACUAUAAGAAAUACUAUGUAUUAUAAAAUAAAUGGAAUUUGCCAACUAAGA